GAAAAAAACAGCGUGUUGCCAGAUCCGGUUUGGUGUUGAUUGCUGGGUUCUUCGAUUUGGUGCAUGGCAACGAUUUCAGCGCGGAUUUUACUGUACACUACUGACAUACAUCUGUUUAGUGUACACAAAUAAAGAACACAAUAAGCAAACAAUUCCUAAAAGCCGUUUAUUGGUAUCAUGGAUGAAUUGUCUCAGUUGAAGAUUGGCUUCAUUGGUGCGGGUAAUAUGGCUUUCGGAAUAGCACGGGGCAUCCUUAAAUCAGGUGAUGUUCCCUCAUCCAAUGUGAUCAUAAGCGCUCCAUCCAAAAACAACUUUCCCCGGUUUGAGGUUAUGGGAGUUGCAGUCACACACUCAAACAAGGAAGUGGUUGAUCACUCACGUUUGGUUUUCCUGGCAGUCAAACCACACCUCAUCCCCACAGUCCUAAAUGGCAUUUCAGAACAUGUCACCCCACAACACAUCAUCAUCUCUAUGGCAGCUGGCAUCACCCUGGCAACACUGGAGGAGUUGUUGCCGGUUGGCUCCUGUGUGAUGCGUUUGAUGCCAAACCUUCCCUGCAUGCUCCAGGAAGGAGCCCUUCUGCUGGCUUGUGGAAAAGGGGCUGGUCAGGAGGUGGGGUCUCUACUGAAGAGCCUCCUCUCUCCUUGUGGAUUGGUGGAAGUGGGGCCUGAGACCUGGAUCGAUGUCCACACGGGCCUGAGUGGCAGUGGCGUGGCUUUUGUGUACGUGUUUGCUGAGGCCCUGGCAGAAGGAGCUGUUAAAAUGGGAAUGCCCAGUGAACUGGCUCAGCGUAUUGCAGCCCAGACUAUACUAGGUGCAGGUCAGUUGUUACGAGAUGGAGGGAAGCACCCAGCUCAGCUGAGGGCAGAGGUGUGUACUCCAGGAGGAACUACGAUAUAUGGACUUCACGCCCUGGAAAAGGGAGGACUCAGGGCAGCCACAAUGGGAGCUGUGGAGGCAGCCACGGAAAGAGCAAGAGAAUUGGGACGUAAGUAGAGGAGGAGCGAGACGAGACGAGAGAAAAGGAAGGGAAGGAUGGAAGAAGAAACUUUAGUUACAAGGAAGGGAAUAGUGUGAGGGACAUGUCAAAAAUUUUAUUGAACAUCAUUUAUCGUCUAUAAAAAUGUUCACGUAAAGCAGUCCCUUGUGUAACUAUGUUGGUGCAUGUAAAUUUACAAAGAACCAUUUCUGAUUAAAAGGCUUGCUUCCAAAGGUUGCUUUGUUUUCAUGCGUUUAUCUUACGCUGUUGUCAUAUUAACUGUAAUCCACCAUUUUGCUUGCUGAGAUCUUGUUUCAGCAAGCAUUCACAAAACAUCUGGUUUCCUUCUGUUUGAAAAAGGCAAGUAAGCAUUCCUAUGUGAAAGUGCCUCGAGGGUGAAAAGAAAGCAAAUCAGAUGGUACAGUACAGAGAAGGGGAACCUUCACAGCAGUGCUGGUGAUUCUGAGAGCCUUUGUAUGUUACAGAGCAGCAUAGAAUUCCUUCUGUGUAGUCUGGGAUGGAAGUGUCAUUAAUAAUGUGCACAGGAUGGUUGAAUGUAAUUAAAUGUUGAAGCUAAA